UUCUUCAUUCACGCCGAAUUUUCUCAGAAAAUCAGUCCUCAGUUCCCCCACUUUUUCCUCGUUUCAACUUCAACCCGCACCACACGUUACAAUUCAUUCCCAUACAUUACCAUCCUGUCAAGAAGACUGACCCCCUUCCCCAUUAAGCUCUGAGUUUCCCGGUACCGAAUCUUUGGGCAUUAACGGAAGCUGGUACGGUAGAAGAGCAAAGUCUUUAUAUCUUCUCUUUUCAACGACAAUGGUCGACGUUGACCGGAGAAUGACCGGUCUGAACCCGGCCCAUUUAGCCGGUCUCCGCCGUCUCUCUGCUCGAGCCGCUGCACCUUCUCCAGCCACGUCCCUUCCUGUUCGCAACGGUCUCAUUUCGUUCUCUUCUCUAGCCGACAAGGUCAUAACCCAUCUUCAGAAUUCGGGGAUCCAGGUACAGCACGGGCUCUCCGACGCCGAGUUUGCCCGUGCAGAAGCAGAGUUCGGCUUCGCAUUCCCCCCGGACCUCCGAGCCGUACUCUCUGCCGGUUUACCCGUAGGCCCCGGAUUUCCUGACUGGCGCGGCGCGGGAGCUCGGCUCCAUCUUCGCUUUUCGCUCGACCUUCCCAUCGCCGCUAUUUCCUUCCAGAUUGCUAGGAACACUCUUUGGUCCAAGUCCUGGGGCCUCAGACCGUCCGACCCGGAAAAGGCUUUACGGGUUGCCCGGAAUGCCCUCAAGAGAGCUCCUCUCUUGAUUCCGAUCUUCAACCAUUGCUAUAUUCCUUGCAACCCGUGUUUAGCUGGAAACCCGAUUUUCUUCGUGGACGAGAACCGUAUCUUCUGUUGCGGUUUGGAUCUUUCGGAUUUCUUCGAGCGUGAAUCUCUCUUCCGCAGCUCCCAGUCGGACCCUCAGAUUCUCAAAAGGCAAAGAUCCGUGAGCGAGAAAUCGGCCGGGUCGUCCUCGUAUUUCCCACGCAGAAGCCUGGACACGGGUCUGGGGUCCACAGGAGCGAGGACGCCAAGAUGGGUAGAAUUCUGGAGCGACGCCGCGUUUGAUCGUCGCAGGAGAAACUCAUCUUCGUCGUCGAGUUCAUCCCCGGAGCGGUUCUUCGACAUGCCCAGGUCCGAAAUUCCGGAAUGGGUGGAGGGGUAUAUGGAGCAAAUAGGAUCCGUUUUGAGAGCCGGGGGAUGGAGCGAGACGGAUAUAUCGGAAAUCGUCCAAGUCUCGUCUUCCGGAUUCUUCGAGGGAGGAGAAAUGGUUUUACUAGAUAACCAAGCGGUUCUCGAUGCCCUGCUUUUGAAAGCGGAUCGGUUCUCCGAUUCCCUCCGAAAAGCCGGAUGGAGCGCAGAAGAGGUCUCGGAUGCGUUGGGUUUCGAUUUUCGACCGGAGAAGGAGAGGAAACCGGUUAAGAAGCUGUCUCCGGAGCUCGCGGAAAGAAUAGGGAAACUGGCUGAAUCGGUUUACCGGUCAUGAGGCAUCGAAAAUCGAGAAUUUUAUUUUUUGAGAGAAAAAAAAAAAAAAUCAAAACCUCGGGGAAAGGCAAUGUUGUCCUAUGAAACAUAGCGUCUAAAACUAUCAAACUGUUCAAAUUGCAUCGUUAUAUAUAACUAAAAUGAAAUAA